AUGAUUCGUGCUGCUGUCCUGUUCGCACUGGUCGCACUAGUGGCCGCUGAAGCACCGUUGCGCUUCCGAUCCCGGGCCGCGUUUGGAGUGCAGCGACCAAACUCUCGCCUGGCCCGGCUUGAGGAUGCACCUCCGGUACAGCAGCAACCAGCAGGCUACAACUAUCCUAAGCCGACGUCUUCGGGCUAUCACUAUCCCAAGCCGGAUCAGGCAUUCCCGCUGCCUGGGGAGGAGAUGCCUCCUGCCUUCACCACCGAAGCAGCACCCGGCGUCGAAACAACUACCGCGGUACCUCAGGAAGAACAACCGGCCACCACGGAGUCCAGCGAUGCUGUGACCACCACCGCUACCUACGACGACUACGAGGACACUGCUGCACCGUUGGAACCCACGGCUGAUUCCAACACGAGCGCCAAGUUGCGCCGUCGCCAGCACUCUUCACUCUUCAACCGUCAAAGUCAACGGCUCGAGGACCUUCCUGCCGUAUCGGUGGAUCAGCCGCAGGACCAGCAGCUGGCACGUCCAGUCUAUCUCAUCAAUCUUCCCGAAUCGACCCUUCAGCAGCUGGUUCUGCUCAACAACGCACAGCUCGCCGGCCUGCAGCUGGCCCCCCAACCUACCGCCGUCUACCUGUCCGAGCUGGAUUACAUCUACAAGAAGAAGUAG